ACCCGUUUCGGGCUGAGUCCACCCAUCCAGAACAAGUCCGAGUCCAACUCGCAGCCCGAAAGCCGAGCCGCCCUUGCCAAGAACCGAAGCCACCGAACGCGCGGCCUCCUCCUCCGCCGCCGCCGGGAUCGACGCGAGAAUUUUGCUGUUGUUGCCGUGCAGGACGAUGGCGGAGGCCGACGCCGGCAGAGCGGCGAUCCGGCGCGCCCUGAGAGCGCUGCGGCGGAGGCACCUCGUCGAGGAGGGGGCGCACAGCCCGGCCAUCGAGGCGCUCACCCGGCCCUUCGCCGCCCACGCUUUGGAAUGGAAGGAGAAGGCUGAGAAGCAUGAGUUGGAGCUGCAGCAGUGUUACAAGGCGCAAUCACGUCUGUCUGACCAGCUUGUUACCGAGAUAGAAGAGGGGAAAGCAUCAAAAGCACUGCUCAAGGAGAAGGAAGCAUUUAUUACAACUUUGCAGAACGAACUCAAGCAAACUAGCGAAGAGAAUGUGCAGCUAAAGCAGUCACUUGAGGAAAAAACAAAAUCUUUAGAUCUUCUCAUUCAAGAGCACCAGGCAGCUAAAGCCGAACUUGAACAGGCAUUAGCGAAACUAAAAGUUGCUGAGGAUGAAAACAAAAAACUUAUUGAUCGAUGGAUGCUAGAGAAGAUGAAGGAUGCAGAGAGGCUCAAUGAGGCCAAUGCGAUGUAUGAAGAGAUGGUCCUUAAGCUAAAGACAGCUGGGGUUGGUGGUAUACAACACAAUGCUCAACAAGAAGCUGAUGGCAUCAUACGUCGAUAUGAAGCUGGCUACGUGGAAACACCAAUCCCAUCUACAUGCACAAUCACCAUUCGUGCUCAUGAUGGUGGGUGUGGAUCUUUAGUGUUCCAGCAUAAUUCAGACAAGCUAAUUAGUGGCGGUCAGGAUCAAACUGUUAAGAUAUGGGGUGCAUAUACCGGUGCCUUGAUCUCUACUCUGCAUGGUUGUUUGGGGUCUGUCAACGAUCUUGCUGUGACCAAUGAUAACAAGUUUGUGAUUGCUGCCUGUAGCUCCAACAAGCUGUUUGUGUGGGAAGCCAAUGGGGCACGUCCUCGUCACACUCUGACUGGUCACACAAAAAAUGUUUCUGCCGUCGAUGCAAGCUGGGUGAACAGCUUUGUUGUUGCUAGUUCAUCUCAUGAUCGUACUAUCAAGAUUUGGGAUCUCCAGACAGGUUUCUGCAAAAGCACCAUAAUGUCAGCAAGUAACCCCAACUCACUAGCUUUCAUUGAUGGCCAUAUCAUUUGUUCGGGUCAUAGGGAUGGAAACCUUCGGUUCUGGGACAUCCGUAGUGGGAAAUGCACUACACAAAUAGCUGCUCAUAUUGAUGUCACGUCGGUCUGUGUGUCACGGAGCAAAAAUUUUGUUCUUACAAGUGGGAGGGAUAAUGUGCACAACCUUUUUGAUGUCAGAACUUUGGAGGUUUGUGGAACAUUCAGGGCCACGGGUAACAGAGUGGUGGGCAGCUGGGGCAAACCAUGUAUAAGCCCUGAUGAAAAUUGCAUUGCUGUUGGUUCUUCUGAUGGGUCUGUUUACAUAUGGUCAAGACUGAAGAAUGAGAUGCCGACCAUCCUAGAGGGUCAUUCUUCACCAGUUCUCACAAGUGCAUGGUGUGGGCUAGGACCCCUUGCGACCUCGGACAAGAAUCAUAUUUAUAUCUGGACUUGAGAUCGAUAAUUCAUUAACUCAUCCAAUCCAAGAUCUGGAGAGUUUUGCUCCAAUACGUUAAUAUCUGUUCUCAUCCUUCUUGAGAACACUAGUUUUCACGUGAAUGGUUUAGUUAGUUUCUGAACAUUGUAAAUAUUUAGAAUUGACAAUGGCUACUUCACUUCGCCAUCUGUUGCAUGUUUACAUGAUUUACAAGGUUUUGAAGGCAGAAAUUUGCUGCUAUUGCUGAAUCAUUUUGGUGUUAUUUUAAGGAUAAAUCUGUGAAUCACCA